AUGAAACUCAUUGCACUCGCAGCGGUUGGUUUAGCAGCUGUAUCUCAAGCUCAGGCACAAUGUGUCGAAAAUCUCUUGAUUGAUGAUUUCAUCAGUGCGAACCGUCCAUUGACUGGACCAGCUGGUAAUGACCGCAUUUACGACCUUCUUGGUGGUGAUUAUGGAGGUGUUGGUAUUCAGGGUAAUAUUACAAUUGACAACAAGGGAAACGGGACGAUCUUUCCUGAUAACUCUAUGGCUGGACUCAACGGCACAAAUUAUUUCUUUCUCAAGUUUGAUCCUAAUGCAUGUUUCAAUGCUACACUAUACACGGGCCUCCAGAUGAGCUUUGUCUUCCCAGCCGGCAGUGACUUCCAAAUCGCCUUCACACAAAAAGCACCAAACUGUGUCGACAGACUGACCGACUCCAUAUACAAGAAGCUCUCCGAUUACAUAAUUCCCAACGGAUCUCACCAGUCCGUCUUCAUUCCCUUUGCCGAUUUUGGUCAGAAUGUAGCAGGAGGUGCUUAUGACUGGCAGCAUAUCAAAGACUUGACGUUCUUGCAGUUCAUGCCUACUCGUAUGCCAUAUACAUUCAACAAACUAGUACUGCUAUCCAAGUGUAGCGGAACUACGAUUGCUAACGGAACCACGACUCAACCCACCACUGAAGUUACCAAAACUGCUUCAGAUUCAGUCAAAGUGGCCGGAAGCAUCGGGACUGCAAUGAUGGCAUUGGCUGCUAUCGUUGCCAGUUUCUUCUAA